GCACAUUUCGGUUUCGAAGCUCGGUCCGUGCGAAUGGCUUUGCGGCUACCAACGAUUGGCGCCUUUUAGAAUAUGUGAAAGUGUACGCGCCCGUGUGUGUGUGUGUGAGUGCUUUUCUUUUGCUUUUGCGCAACAACAAAAACCACAAAGCGACGCGGCGCUACGGCAAAAAGGCGUAACAGUAGUGUGCACGUAAUUUCAUGUGCUAAAAAUAUAUAAAAAAAAAUAAUUUUAAUUAAUACCCAAAAAUUAGUGAAUAAUAAGUGCAUGAGCGCCGUUUUUUUAAGGAAACUCUACAAAAUAUUGUGUGCAAUUUCAUAAAAAUUUCAGCGAUUGCAGCGACAUGGUCCAAUUGGAUCAAGAAAAGAGCACACAAUGUGUAGUGCAUGAUCUUACACCCGGUUCAGAGCAAAAGAAAAUCAAUAUUGUUGUGCGUUCACAGUACACAAUCGAGAAGGUGUUUUCUAAUAUAAGUACACAGUAUCCCUACGAAGCAUAUGAUUUGGUACUACAGCCAAAUGAAUCGGAAAAUAAACUGAUACAUUUAAAUACACGUAAAAGUGAAUUGCUCUUCGACACACCCGGCUUUGCAGCGCAAGAGAAAAAUGUGCUCAUAUUGCUGCCACCCGAUGUGUGGGAUGGUGAUGUUCACAAGCGCUUCGAUAUCGUUAAACUAUUGAGUAAAAAGAAAUGCAUUUCAAAGUCCAGCGCGUCUACAGGGACGACGUCGCCUAAAAAAACCACACUUAAAGCUUCAAGCACAGUCAAACCCAAAGUUUCAAAGUCAGUUAAAGCCUCAAGCGAAAUUGAAGACUCAAGUGAAGUUAAAGAUUCAAGCGAAGUUAAAGCCUCAAGUGAAGUUGAAGCCUCUUGUGAAGUUAAAGCCUCAAGUGAAGUUAAAGACUCAAGUGAAGUUAAAGCCUCAAGUGAAGUUAAAGACUCAAGCGAAGUUGAAGCCUCAAGUGAAGUAAAAGCCUCAAGUGAAGUAAAAACUUCAAGCGAAGUUGAAGCCUCAAGUGAAGUUGAAGCCUCAAGUGAUGUUAAAGCUUCAAGGGAAGUUAAAGCUUCAAAUGAACUUAAAGCUUCAAACGAAGUUAAAACCUCAAGCAAAGUAAAAACUUCAAGCAAAGUUAAAGCUUCAGGCGAAGUCAAAGCUUCAAGCGAAGUUAAAGACUCAAGCAAAGUUAAAGCUUCAAGCAAAGUUAAAGUCUCUAAAAAAGUUAAAGCUUCAAGCGAAGUGAAAGCUUCAGAAGAAAUUAAAGCAUCAAGCGAAGUGAAAGCUUCAGAAGAAGUUAAACCCUCAAGCGAAGUUAAAGCAUCAAGCGAAGUGAAAGCAUCAAGCGAAGUGAAAGCAUCAAGCGAAGUGAAAGCUUCUGACGCAGUUAAAGCAUCGGACGCUGAUGCGCUUAGCAUUAAAGCCACCACGCCUCCAUCUCAAACAAAUGGCGUUGCUGAUGCCUUAAGCAACACAGUUAGCAACACUAUAACCAACGGUACAAUGAAUGGACACAGCGAAGUUGUUGUCGAUGAACACAGCGCUAACAACAACGAGGAUGUUGACAUAAUGGCUGACGAAAACAACAAACACAACGAGAAUAUUUUGACAAAUGCCAUUAAGAUCGAUUUGGAUAGCAGUGACGAUGCUUCGUCCACCAUUGCCGAAGAGUCAUUGCCACUGUAUACAGCGACUGCCAUAGCAAACACGAGAACCACAAAUACCGCCUCCAUGACGCAUUCAUUGAAAUUGAGUCCACUCUCCGAUCCAGAGCCUUUAUCCGAUGAUGACUUGGCGUUGGGCGCUUCCGCUAGUCCCACUGAGACUGAACCUUUCGGUGGUGAUGGCUUGCUGAAGCUACGCAACACCUCACCACGUAGUCCCAAAUAUGGGCCACUAACAGAAGGUGAAAUGUAUCAACAGGUGACACUUGAACGUGACUUUACGCGUUUAGGCAAGAAAUUACAACCCAUAUCCGCGUCGGCUGUAACCAACACCACCGCUGCGGCAGGCGGCACCACCAUGUCGACAAUGAGUAGCAGCGGCGCUAAUGGUUAUGUGGGUUUGGUCAAUCAAGCCAUGACUUGCUAUCUGAACAGUCUGCUACAGGCACUCUACAUGACACCGGAAUUCCGCAAUGCGCUCUACCGCUGGGAGUCCGAUAACGACAACGAAGCCAAAAAUAUACCCUACCAAUUGCAAAAGCUUUUCCUCAACUUGCAGACAUCGAAGAAAUCUGCUGUGGAGACGACAGACUUGACGCGCAGCUUUGGUUGGGACUCAACCGAGGCGUGGCAACAGCACGACAUACAGGAGUUGUGUCGUGUUAUGUUCGAUGCGUUGGAGCAUAAAUUCAAGAAUACCAAACAAAUGAAUUUGAUCGCCAGUUUGUAUGAGGGCAAAAUGAUUGAUUACGUGAAAUGUUUGGAGUGCAAUACGGAGAAGACACGCGCCGACACCUUCCUCGAUAUACCGUUGCCAGUACGACCGUUCGGCAGUACGGUCGCCUAUGGCAGCAUCGAGGAGGCGUUACGCGCUUUUGUACAACCCGAAACACUGGAUGGCAAUAAUCAAUAUUUUUGCGAGAAAUGCGACAAGAAAUGUGAUGCACACAAAGGUUUGAAGUUUAAGAACUUUCCCUACAUAUUGACGCUGCAUCUGAAACGCUUUGAUUUUGACUAUCAGACCAUGCAUCGCAUCAAAUUAAAUGACAAAGUAACUUUUCCGCAAAUGUUGAAUUUGAAUAGCUUCAUUAAUCCUGCCGAUCUGGACAGUCCCGCGCCCAGCACUUCCGCGAAUGCCGCCAACACAAGCACCACCCCUGGCAAUAACGCAACGAAUGGUUUUAUACCGAAUAGCGCGACAUCUACCAAUGAUGAUUGCAGCACUACGGACAGUGGUUCGGCUAUGGAGGAAGAUUUAUGUUGCAGCGGCGCGGCCACCACUGCCAGCUCUAGUCAGCAUGAGAAUGAUAUGAAUGACGAUGAUGAGGGCAUUGAUAUGAGCACCAGUACGGAUCAUCGCGUGAAUAGCAGCAAUGCUAGUAUUGAACAACGCAUUAAACAUGACAGUGGUCCAUAUUUAUAUGAACUCUUUGCGAUAAUGAUACAUUCGGGCAGCGCUUCGGGUGGUCAUUACUACGCGUACAUAAAGGAAUUCGAUAACAAUGGAUGGUACUGUUUCAAUGAUCAAUCUGUUUCGCCGUUAACCGAAGAGGAUAUUGAGAAGUCAUUUGGUGGUGGUUCCAGUCGCGCCUACUACUCCAGCGUUUACAGCUCAAGUACGAAUGCCUAUAUGCUGAUGUAUCGUCAAAUAGAUGCACAGCGCAAUGAACACGCGACUAAGAGUACUGAGUUCCCCGAACAUAUCAAUCAAUUAUUGCCGAAAUUGCAUCAAGAAGAAGAGACGCGUGUGCCACGCAGCACCGGACGCCACGGCGUUGUCGUUUCAGACUUGUCCGUACAGGAAUUGAUCAAACCACGCGUUAGUUUCUAUAAUCCAGAAUUGAAAAAGAUGAAAUCCGCACGCGCUUAUGUCAGUAGUUUCAAUAUAAAAUCAGUACUGGAGUCCGCCUAUCAGAUGUUGAAUGUGGAGAAAUUCGCACCGAUUUCACGUUGCCGUCUGGUCGUCUACAAUGAUAUGGGCGAACAGAUUUGUCAAUCUUUGGAACAUAUCAGCGAUCCAACGCUCAGCGAAUUGCGUCAACAAUCGGACGGACCGCUGGAGUUUCUACUCGAAACCCGCGAAGAAGGUCAAGAAUUUGAGAUGUACAAACCGGGUGGUGUCACAUGGAAUGUGUAUAUAGUUAAUGUGUCGAAAAUGCAAUUGGAUGGACCACAUCUCGUAUAUGCGCCAUCAAGAGAAGCGAACGCCGCGUUGUUGCAUUCGAUUGCCGUACGCCUUAAUCUAAAUGAGCACCAAUUGUUAUUGGCCACAGUGAAGACUGAUGCAUUUGUGGCGCUGGACACAGCGUCGUCAGAGAACGACACAGCUGAGGGUAUGCAACGGCAGGUCAUAACGCAGGAAGAUUUGCAAGAGAUCGCACAAGAGCAGUUCAGAGGUUUGACUUAUAUUUAUCUAAAUGUACCGAAUACGGAUGCGAGUACGUUGGAGAUAUUGGACAUACCCGCGCUGGAAACACCCACAAUUGAGGUCAGCGCCGAUGUCGUAGACGCCGUGCAAAUGAAUGCCAAUGUCCUAAGUCCCUCCAAUAGUGAUAGCACAUCGAAUCUUUCACAGAAGAGCUGUGCGCGCGAAUCACCAUUACUACCUGCCGCCGCCUCCAGCACCACCACCACUCUGGCUGGCCAGGAAUCCCAUUCGGAAGAUAGUAGUUUAAGUGAUGGCGAUCGCACGCUCGUCGAAUCAUUGCACACUCGCUACGGUGGCGACAGUCAAAUCUCCUCAACCAGUCAUUCGCCUUAUCUCUCCAGCCCCGAGGAUGAUGCGUACAAUAAAGCGAGCUCUUUGAAACGCAUACACGACCUCUUCCAAAUGGCGCCCGAUCACACAAUGGAUACAGCAGCACAGUUGCGCAGUAAUACACCACAAUUUUUCUACGCGGAGAAAAUCAAUGCUGUAGAUCCCUUCACCAUUUCGCCGCGUAUACAUAGUAGCAGUACGAACGAUCCAAAUGAGGAGUUGGCGCGCAAACGAACACAUUCAUAUAAAGUCAUUGUGGAUCCGCGCAUGAAGAUGUCAACAUUCACGCGACAUGUUGAAUCGCUAAUCGGUGUACCGUCAAACUAUUUUAAGUUACAGCACAAAUACGAAGUCAUUGACCUGUCGGCGACCGUGCUGUUCGUGUGUAUGGGUGAGACGUUGAGUGUUGAGCUGGGGAAGGUGUUGCAGCCGGACGAAGACAAGGCGAAGAUCUCAUUUAUGCGGCUGUCAGAGUUAGACAACGAUACUGGCAAAUUGCCCUGCAUCUGUGAAUGGGUGUGCAAGGCCAGCAUGACGGUCGCCGAGGCGAAGAAGGAACUGAUAGCGAAAUUGCAUCGCAUUGAUGCGAAAUAUAAAACGCUUAAUCUAAACAAUUGUCGUCUGUGGCUGAAGGGUGGACGCAAUCCCAUUGAAAUCAUGGGCGAUGAUGAAACGUUGGGCACUGAUUUGCGCUCAAUGACGGGCGCGGAGUUCCUCGUACAAGAGUGUGACGAUGGUGUUAGUCCUCAAGUACCCGCCGAUAGUCUGACGAUUUUCGUGAGACGUUGGCAUGCCGACAAGUUGCAGUUGGAUAAAUUCCAGGAAGUCACGCUAGAAAAGGAAAGUGAAAUAAGAACGGAGUUGGCAAAGAUUACCGACAUACCACAAGAGCACAUAGCCUAUAGUAAGAUAAACGGUUCUUUCCCAUGCACAAAUAUUUCUCUGUUAAGUAUCAAUAGCACGCUUAGUUGGUUCUCAAUACCGGCCACAUUAAACAAAUAUCCACUAACGUCAACAGUCAGCGGAAAUGUCUACUUUUACAAAGAUGUCACCAAAGCACCCAAAGAGCCCACAACCGAGGAGCGUCGCGAACUGAGCACUCGUGAAAAGUUACGCCUCGAUCGUUUGGGUUGCAUGUCAACGUCGCUUUACUCACCGCGACGUGAGCGUGCGCUCAAAAUCUACCUGGAUUCGCCGCAAUCAAAUAAUAACAGUAGUACAACGACAACGACGGCGGCAUCAUCAUCAUCAAGCAUAUCGACUGUAGUGGGUGCUUCAACGGCGAAAGCGUCGGAAGAUUAACAAAGCAGCGCAUGAAAAUAUCAAUAAUUAUAAGAAAUGCAAAAACAACAACAACAACUCAUGCGUAUGCAGUUUUUCACCUAACGGAUGAACUCUUGUUUGUGAUGAUUCAGUGACGAAAGCAAUUGAACGAGUAUGUCGAGAAUGCGUCUGGAAAAGUGAAUUAUAUGUUGACUGAUGUAAAAACAAAAAAUAAAACAAAAAACAAUUGGCGACAAAUG